AUGGAUUUACAACAACUGGAAGAGGAGGCACGUCAGGCCGCAUUAAAAGACAUUAAAAAUAUGCUACAACGUCCAGGGCAAUUGGAAAAGGUUGAACAGUAUCGUCAUCGGGUGGCACGUAAAAAAGCUUCCGUUGAGGCAUUGCUGAAGACCGGCAUGCAAAAUCAAUUGGAAGGUGUACGAGUGGGUCUGAAACAGCUGAAGACAUGUCUGGAGGAUGUACGAGAGGUGAAGCGCAGCAUUAAAGAAGUGGAAAAGCUUAUGCAAGGUGUGCCCGAACUUUACGAUGCCUUGGAAGACGUGCGGGAGGAGAAUACCAAACAUUCGCAACUGGCCACGGCUGUGGAAAAUAUCAAACACAUUUUUAAUGUGGAGACAAGUGUGCAGAAAACUAUGGCCCUCAUCGAUGAAGACAAACUGUUGAAUGCCCACCAAUGUUUGGCUGAUUUGGAAAGUGCUCGCGACGAUUUGCUGUACGAAUUGCACAAACAGCCUAAGCAGCAUGCCUCCGAUAAAAUCACCCUUAAGAGACAUUUUGAGAAAAUCGACACUGUGGCCCAGGCUUUGGAGAAGAAGCUGCGACUGAUAUUGAGUCGAACGCUGAAUACGGUACGGAAGGAACCAAAAUUUAUUGUUACUGCCUUGCGGAUCAUCGAACGAGAGGAAAAGAACGAUCAAUUUGCCUUACAGCAGGAGAAGGUGACAUCGUUCCGACCACCUGGCCGGCCACGCCAAUGGCGUGCCAUGGCAAUGAAUGUCCUUAAGGAAGCGGUUAUUACCCGUAUUGAAGGCUCUCGCAUGGAGGAGAGGGAGGACAAUAAAAUGUGGUUGGUUCGGGACUUGGAGGUGUUGCGUCAAAAUAUUUUGGUGGACUUGAGGGUGGUGAAAUCGCUGUGUGUGCCCUGCUUUCCACCACACUAUAAUAUCUUUGAGGAAUAUGUACGAAUGUAUCAUGAGGGUUUGUCGAAUUAUAUUGAAAAUAUUGCCAGUGGCCUGCAGGGCAAUGAAUAUGUUUCCCUACUUUCGUGGGUCAUCAAUACCUAUCCGGGUUAUGAGUUGAUGCGCCAUCCCGAACUAAAUGUCAACAUCCAACAAUUGGUGGGUCCCCUACUGCCACCCAGCCACCUCCGAGCACUGGAAGAUGAAUAUCUUGGGAAUAUGCAAAAGAAUUUCAACGAAUGGAUGGCCAAUACAGCCGAGAAGGAUCGUUCCCAAUGGUUCUCGGAGCAGACACCCGAUCAAGAUGAACAAUAUUAUCACAGUCCAGCUGCUGUGAUUCUAUUUGAAAUGAUCAAUCAAUUGUUGCAGGUUACCGAAACCAUACACAGUGAUCUGACAUUCAAAGCAUUGGUCAUGAGCAUACGCCAGUUGGACAUCUUUGGUCAAACGUAUUUGAAACAUGUGGUCGAUUUGAAGGAUCAUCAUUUUCGUAAUCGGGAUCAAAUCAAAUUCUUUACCCAUCACAUUAUAGCCAUUGUAAAUAAUAGCCAACAGAUUUUGGAUUUGGCUCAACAACUGAAACAGAAAUAUUGGCCCAAUGCACGCACCGAGCAUUAUGAAGACUUUGAAAAACUACUCGAAACAUUCCAAUUGAUACGAACCCAAGCUGCAGGCUAUUUGCUGGAGGAAGCUUUCCUCGACUUGGAUGGCCAUUUCAAUGAGUUAUUUACCCCAAAAUGGCUAACCUCUACCAUAUCGGUCGACACCAUAUGCAUAACGCUGGAAGACUAUUUUCAGGAUUACAAUCAUUUGACGCCCUGUAAUUUUGAAAUGGUCAUCAAUGAGGCCCAGAAACAAUUGGCCAAACGUUACAUACGUGCAAUGUUGUCGAAACGUUUAUCCCGUCCAACGGCCGAUUGUGAAGCGAUAAAAACGAAAAUCAAUCAAGAAGCGAAACGUUUGGAGAGAUUCUUUGAAAAAAUUGCCCCAAAUCUGUCGUUAAAUGACUCUCCAUUGAAAUUGAUUUCAAUGCUGUCGAGUCUAUUAGUAUGCGAUCUGGAAGUCUUGCUGCUCGAUUUACACACACUCUUGGGUAAUUAUCCCUCUUUGACAGAGGAACAAAUUGUACGUCUGUUCUAUAUACGUAACGAUGUUAAGGCGGCUGAGGUCCGUCAAAAAGUCCAAGAUGCAAAUCAAUCGAAGAAGCCAAUGGUUACCAUAGAUAAACAGGAUUGUAUAUUUAAGGAAAUUGUGUUCAAUGAUAAAUUGUGGUAA